AUGGAUAAGGUUUUGUUUGCUGUUCUUACACUAGUGUACGUGGAGCUUUCAAUGAGGGUUGUCACUACCCCGAUCUGUGCCUAUGGACAGGCUGGAUGCCAUGCUCCUUCCCUGGCAGAUCUCUUUGAGAGGGUCAUACAACAGUCUUCAAGAAUGCAUGGCAUCUCCAGUGAUCUGCACUCUGAACUUGAGCAAUUCUUUCCCAGGAAGAACGUCCUAGGAAAACACAGGUGCCACACAUAUGGCAUACUAACACCAGACGAUAAGGAGAAUGCACAAAGGCUAGGGCGAGAACAACUGACAGAGGUGAUCCUGAGUCUGCUGGCAGCCUGGAGUGACCCCCUGUCUCAACUCCACGGCAGCAUGUCUCAGGAUCAGAAUCAAAACUUCAACCACCAAAGCUACAGCAAGGCACUGGAGAUCAGUGAUAUGGUGCAUGAGCUGAGGGAGGGAGUGGCAAUAAUGGCUGAGAAGAUGAAGCUAUUGGGUGUGCUUGGUAACACUAUGGGUUACAUUUCUCCUGAGAGUUUGGUCCCCUCUUCUGCCUUUAGCUUCUACAAACAAGAAGAACUCAACUCAGUGGACCAUCAUGAUCUACUCUACUGCUUCCGCAGAGACUCCAACAAAGUCAAAAAUUAUCUCCGGAUCCUGAAAUGCACCAUCCUUCCUGGACUGGACUGUUAA